AUGGGUAUCUGCAAAUUUGUGUAUGUGAUUUUGUUUUUGAGUUUGUUUUGUCUGCCAAUAUCCAUUUGUUCAUUGAGUUCAGCUGAAUUAGCUGAGAUUUCAACCAAUUUCUUAAACUAUGCACAAAAACCAGAGCUUGUUAAAUGGAUGGUUGAUGUUAGAAGAAGAAUUCAUGAGAACCCAGAACUUGGUUUUGAAGAAUUUGAGACUAGUAAGUUGAUUAGAGAAGAGUUGGAUAAAAUGGGUAUUGCUUAUAAAUAUCCAAUUGAUGUUACUGGUGUUAUAGGUUAUGUUGGUAGUGGUGAACCACCUUUUGUUGCUUUAAAAGCUUAUAUGGAUGCUCUCCCUAUGCAGGAGAUGGUGGAGUGGGAUCACAAAAGUAAAAUCCCAGGGAAGAUGCAUGCUUGUGGGCAUGAUGCUCAUGUUGCAAUGAUUCUUGGUGCAGCUAAAAUCCUUCAAUAUCAUCGCCAUGAAUUGAAAAAUUGGAGAAAUUCUGUUUCGGAAAUGCCUGAAAGACUUGCACUGUCAGUUUGCAGAUAUGAUAAUUCUCAAACAUAA